AUGGCUGCAAAGAAAGCCAUUGAAACAUUCUCAAAAAGAUUGAUUGAAGAUGUGCAUAAAUGGGGUUGUUUCAAACAAACUGGUGUGAGUCUAAGGUACAUGAUGGAGUUUGGUUCAAAUCCUAGUGACAAGAAUUUGCUGAUUUCUGCACAGUUUCUUCAUAAGGAGCUUGCCAUUAGGAUUGCUAGAAGAGCUAUUGAACUUGAAAAUCUUCCUUGUGGUUUGUCACAUAAACCUGCUAUUUUGAAGGUUAGGGAUUGGUAUUGGGAUUCCUUUCGCGAUAUUCGAUCCUUCUCCGAGAUCAAGAAUAUGAAUGAUGAAAAAGAGUUCACGGAAGUGAUAAAGGCCAUAAAAGUGAGACACAACAAUGUGGUGCCUACAAUGGCCUUAGGUGUUCAGCAAUUGAAGAAAGAUUUAAAUCCAAAGAUUUAUAACGACGAUAUCGUCGAGAUUCAUCAGUUCCUUGAUCGUUUUUACAUGUCGCGAAUUGGAAUCCGAAUGCUUAUAGGGCAGCAUGUCGAGUUGCACAAUCCUCAUCCUCAUCCUCAUGUCGUUGGUUAUAUAGACACAAGAAUGUCUCCUGUGGAAGUAGCGAGGAAUGCUAGUGACGAUGCACGCGCUUUAUGUUGUCGUCAAUAUGGAAGUGCUCCUGAUGUUCAUAUUUACGGCGAUCCUGAUUUUACUUUUCCGUAUGUUCCAGCUCACUUGCAUCUUAUGGUGUUCGAGUUGGUUAAGAACUCGCUGCGUGCCGUCGAAGAGCGUUACAUGAAUUCCGACAAAGUUUCACCUCCCAUAAGAAUAAUAGUUGCUGAUGGGUUAGAGGAUGUUACCAUAAAGAUCUCGGACGAGGGAGGUGGAAUACCGAGAAGCGGUCUGCGAAAGAUUUUUACAUAUCUGUAUAGUACUGCUAGAAAUCCAUUGGAUGAGCAUACAGAUCUUGGAGUAGGUGAUAAUGUCACAAUGGCUGGAUAUGGAUUCGGUCUUCCUAUUAGUCGGCUGUAUGCUCGGUAUUUUGGCGGCGAUCUUCAAAUUAUCUCUAUGGAAGGAUAUGGGACUGAUGCAUAUCUACAUCUAUCUCGUUUGGGAGAUUCACAAGAACCUUUGCCUUGA